GGGGACCGCGUUUGCUGGCGCUGCCAGUCAAGCGAAGGGAUGCGGCGUUUUCCUGGGGAUUGUCAUCGCCGGCAAGACACUUCGGGCGAGGAGAGAGAUCCUUUGAGACUGCAAAGACUAUUUAAAGAAGGAAGACGGCAUGAGAUUGGAUUUAGUGCAGUAAAGUAGGUUAAUUUGAGGACAAGACAAAAAAAUCAUUAUUUAGAACUACUGGUGUUGCCGUGAUGAGAACUUACCAUUGCUUCUGGCUGCUGUUUUGGGCUGGUCAGCCCCACCAAAGUUUCUUAACUCCAUUAUCCAAAAGGACUAGCAGCUUUCCAGAAAAAGAAAAGGUUUUGGUGUUGUCUGGAAACAGCAGGCAAGACCUCCAUCGUUCCAAAAGGAGCUGGAUGUGGAAUCAGUUCUUUUUAUUGGAGGAAUACACAGGAACUGACUACCAGUAUGUUGGCAAGCUGCAUUCAGACCAGGAUAAAGGAGAUGGAUCACUUAAAUACAUCCUUUCUGGAGAUGGAGCAGGAGACCUCUUCAUUAUCAAUGAAAACACUGGUGACAUCCAGGCCACAAAGAGACUAGACAGGGAAGAAAAGCCUGUAUACAUACUCCGUGCCCAGGCUAUAAACAGAAGGACUGGAAGACCAGUGGAACCAGAAUCUGAGUUCAUCAUUAAGAUCCAUGAUAUCAAUGACAAUGAGCCAAUGUUCACAAAGGACGUUUACAAUGCCAGCAUUCCCGAAAUGUCAGAUGUUGGUACCUUUGUUGUGCAAGUCACUGCAACUGAUGCUGAUGAUCCUACAUAUGGGAACAGUGCUAAAGUUGUCUACAGCAUUCUCCAGGGACAACCAUAUUUCUCUGUCGAAUCUGAGACAGGCAUUAUUAAGACUGCUUUACUGAACAUGGACCGUGAAAACAGGGAGCAGUACCAAGUGGUCAUCCAAGCUAAAGACAUGGGAGGCCAGAUGGGCGGAUUAUCAGGGACCACCACCGUGAAUAUCACCCUGACUGACGUCAACGACAAUCCACCUCGCUUCCCCCAGAGCACAUACCAGUUCAGAGCUCCUGAGUCAACGCCGCUCGACUCCCCGGUUGGCAGGAUAAAAGCUAAUGAUGCUGACGUGGAUGAAAAUGCAGAGAUUGAGUACAGCAUCACUGAGGGGGACGGAUACGACAUGUUUGGAAUUACCACGGACAAGGACACACAGGAAGGAAUUAUAACCGUGAAAAAGGCACUGGAUUUCGAAAGCAAAAACUUGUAUAUUCUUAAAGUGGAAGCUACCAACACUCAUGUGGACCCUCGAUUCCUGUACCUGGGGCCAUUCAAGGACUCAGCUACAGUCAGAAUUCAAGUGGAGGAUGUAGAUGAACCCCCCAUGUUCAGCAGACCAGCAUACAUAAUGGAAGUGAAAGAAGAUGUUCCAUUAAACAGUGUAAUAGGAACAGUAACUGCUCAGGAUCCAGAUGCUGCCAAGAAUCCUGUCAAGUACUCUGUAGAUCGUCACACUGAUAUGGACAGAGUAUUCAACAUCAAUUCAGGAAAUGGUUCGAUAUUCACUUCCAAACCCCUUGACCGGGAAACACUGCUGUGGCACAACAUUACAGUAAUAGCAGCAGAGAUCAACAACCCCAAACAAAGCAGCCGUGUCCCCGUGUUCAUUAAGGUCUUGGAUGUAAAUGACAACGCUCCGGAGUUUCCCAUGUUUUACGAGACCUUCGUCUGCGAAAACGCAAAGGCAGAACAGCUGAUACAAACAUUAAGUGCUGUUGAUAAAGAUGACUCUUACAAUGGACAUCAGUUUUCAUUCUCCUUAGCUCCCGAGGCAGCCAGCAGCUCAAACUUUACACUACAGGACAACAGAGACAACACAGCAGGGAUUUUCACUCGGAAAACCAGAUAUAAUCGGCAUGAAACAAGUACCUACUUCCUGCCAGUGGUAAUAUCAGACAAUGAUUACCCCAUCCAGAGCAGCACUGAAACGGUGACCAUUCGAGUGUGUGCUUGUGACCAUCGAGGGAAGAUGCUGUCCUGUAAUGCAGAAGCCUUGAUUCAUCCUACUGGUCUUAGCACUGGGGCUCUCAUUGCCAUUCUUCUCUGCAUCAUUAUAUUACUUGUUACUGUGGUGCUGUUUGCAGCACUGAGACGGCAGCGGAAAAAAGAGCCUUUGAUAAUUUCCAAAGAAGACAUCAGAGACAACAUUGUCAGUUAUAAUGAUGAAGGUGGCGGAGAGGAAGACACCCAGGCGUUUGAUAUUGGCACGCUGAGGAAUCCCGAAGCCAUAGAUGAUAAUAAAUUACGCAGAGACAUUGUGCCAGAAACGCUUUUUCUGCCGCGGCGGACUGCAGCGGCGCGAGAUAACACGGAUGUCAGAGAUUUCAUUAACCAAAGGUUAAAGGAAAAUGAUACAGAUCCAACAGCACCCCCGUAUGACUCAUUAGCAACCUACGCGUACGAAGGUAAUGGUUCUGUGGCCGAGUCCCUCAGCUCCUUGGAGUCGGUGACUACGGACGGAGAUCAGGACUAUGAUUACCUCAGUGACUGGGGACCUCGGUUUAAAAAGCUGGCAGAUAUGUAUGGCUCAAUGGACAGUGACAAAGACUCUUAAUAUGUUGUCUUUUUUUUUUCUCUCUUCUUUUUCUGUUCCUCAUUCCCAGAAACAGCAUUGGGAUAUGUGAAGUGGCUAUUUCUUUCUGUUUCUCCACAGCUGUUUGAAAGGGUUCUCUAUUCUACCCAUUUGAAUUGUCUAAUGACUGCAGUCUGUGUGGGUUAGCCAUCAGUAAACUUUCUCUAGUAUCCUUUUAUGAGCUUCCAAGAGGCAAAAUUCUUAUUUUUUGAGUGCAUCCAGUUUACCAAGCCAAUCUUACAGGCACAGCAGUAGUGAAGGGAAAAAAAGGAUCAGAUGGGGAGCAAUAUUUUUACUUGUUCUGCUUAUAUUGUAAAUUGGAGUAUAUUACUGUUUAAGCUCACUUGCUUUUUACUUGUAUUCAGACUAUUCAGCUCAGACGACUGCUCUGUCAAUUGUGUAUUGCACAUCCCAAUGUAAUGAGGUACCCUAGUUUACCCUAUGUAUUAUAGUCAAAAGUAGUGGUGAUGGAAUGAAGGUUUAUUAUACAAGUAGAGUAAGCUGAGAAAAGAACAUCAAGCACGCAUUUUACUCAUGAGGAGGGUAGAGAGGCUUAAUGGUCUUUUAAACCUGAGUGUUUCUCUAGAACUCACCAUUUCCCCAUUGCACUGAAUCAUACUAACACACACAUAUAUAUAGUUCAUUGACUGCUCUGUAUAUACUCUUUGGACCUAGCAUUGCUGGAGAGAUGUGUGUGUGUGCACGUGUGUGUGGUCAGUAGCCCCAGUAUAUAAUUCUUAGAUGGUUUCCUCAUUCUAAGCCAGGCUUGCUUUGUGAUACAGGGAAGUCAUCCAAUCCAGCUCCAGAUUAGGUCAUGACUUGGAGGAAGGAACAGAUCAUGACUGGGCUUUUGCUUGCACUUCCUCAGUCAGCCUCCACCUGCACAUCAGUUCAGUGAUGGCCAUUGUCCUGGGGACGUUUUCGUCAGGGUGUUCAUACCCAGCUACUCCUGCCUGUUCUCAUGUGCAGGUGGGGAGGAGUGACCUCAAGGUGACUGCAACCCUCUGGGGCAAAAGGAGCAACUGCAGAGGGGGAAAGUGUUUUUUUUUUGUCCUCACCUUCUCUGCCUGGAUGUCCGGGGUGGAUUCCUGACUGACUCUCUGCCCAGUUUUGCUAUCUGUCAAAUGGGGAAAUAAUGCCUACCUCAUCAGGAUGUUGCAAGAACUAUGUAAGACAUUUGGAAAAUGCUUUAGAAAUUGGAAACACUGGCAUUCUGCCAGAGGAAGUAACUUUUCAUGCUUUUGGGUAGUUGUUUCUUUUUAUUUUUUUCCAGACUCAAGCCCUGAACAAACAAAUAAUGGUCAUUCCAGUGGCCUGAAAGGGAGGUUUAUAAUUAUAACUCAUUUUUUUAAAAUAAACUACUCAGUAAGGGUUGAUAGAGACUUCGAUGGAAGGUAAAAUUUUAACCACAGUUUUCUCUGUGUGUGUUUAUCUGGUUUGCCAAGCUAAGUAAUUUAUGUCCAGGUGUGGAGUGGGGGAAGUUGCCAUAAUCUUGGGCCAAAACAGUUUUCUUUAUAGCUUGCAUACCACUCAGUAUUUCAGUUGGUUUUUCAAACAUUUAGUGGCUGCUCUUCAAACCCAGACAUCUAGGAGAGGCUCUCUGGAGAAAACCCUAAGGGUCUGCCAUGGGCAUAUCCCAUUCCAGGAGUUAAACGCCGCCCUGUGUCCCAAAGUAGGGAACCAGCCCAUAGCACUGUGCCAAGGAAAGAAGGAAUUACUAUUUUUAAAAUACCUCAUCUGGAACUAUUCUAAUUCAUUUCAUGAAACAAUAUUUAAUACCAGAAUUACAGGAAUGGAUCUAUUUUCCUCCUCCCCCAAAUUUUAAGUGAAUAAAUUUGAAAAUUAAACAGUUACAAUUUAUCCCAGAAAUAAAGAGAGAUGAGAAAAAAGUUAAUAAACAGAAAACUAAGGGCAAAUAAAAAUUAAUCCCUGGAAUUCAUUAUUCCUUGUGAGUUAAAGAGAGCAGUAAGAGCCCCAAGUAUAAGACUUUUACAACCACAAUACCAGAAUUUUAGAUUUUGUGGACCAGCUCAGAGUGAAGAGGAUGAGCCAGAGGAUGAUGCUGUCCCUGGCUGGGCAGGAAAGGACUCAUUGAGCACUGCACAUCUGUAGGUGUAGGGCACAGCAGAUAGUGGCUGGCAGAUGCCCAGCACUACAGAUUGGAUGCUUUCAGAGCAGAGGGGCCCAGAGUUUCCAAGGGUCCAGAGCCCUAGACCUCCCUGGUGGAAGCCUCUCAGAGUGUUUAAGUGCAACAGAGUAUGGUUCCCUACUCCAUCACUUGGUGGGAUGCUGAGCUGCUGCACCCAUCAUGAUGGCAAUGGCAUGGCUAGAGCCUUAUUAUGUCCUCUUCAGGGCCCCUAAGUGAUUUAAGAUGCUACAAGCCUAGCUCUUCAUGACUUCCUUGAAAUUGGAACUUCUAGGAAGCAAUCUGUCCGAAAGCUGGUUCUGGCAGACAGGAGAGACCUUAUGGAUUUCAGACACGUGGAGGAGCAGCAGAUGCUCAGCACCACCUGCCCCGGGUCCCUCACCUUGGGCUGCUCCCCUCGCACAGUGUCAGUGGGGCCAGCACAUCCCUCCAGGGAUCUCUCUCCCUAGUGGCUUCCUAACACAUCCCUCUCUCUCCCUUCACUCUGGGGUUGCCUCCAGCAAAUAUCCCCAAGCUCAGAAUCCAGCUGGAUGCCCAAAGUUAGCCAGUGAACUGUCCCUUCCCUUCCUUAAGCCUCAAGGAAACAGAUUGGUGUGUGGAGGGGAUGGCAGAGCUGGCUGUGAUGUGUUCAGCCCUGCCAGCCACCUCCAGCUCUCUGGGAAGAGGGAGUUGGUGGCACUUGGCUGAAGUGCCCUGAAGGGGCUGGGCCCCUCUGCAAGUUAGCAGCCUGCAUUAGUCACUUCUUGGGUGGGAUAAUGAGACAGCAGGACCAGUGAACUCCUUGUAACUAUUUUCCUAUGUUUGUACAGUGAUUUAGUGGUUGUUAGUAGCAGUCCAAGCGCAAGUUUUAGAUUGGUUUGGGUUUUUUUUUUUUUUCCUUUUAAUUCAAAGCUGGUUUUAUCUUGUCCAUUGAGUGACACAGUAAAUAAUAGAGAGUGGCUACUCGUGCCUGUUAUGUAAAUAUAUUAUAUAUAUAAAAAUUAUGUUAUGUCACCACAAAUAUGGUGCCUGAAUAGCAAAUGCAUUCUUCUAAGAAAAUUUGAGGCAAACUUGCAUCCAAAUUAUUUAUGCAUCUAGGUUUUAAGGUCUAUUUUUUUUCCUGCAAAUUAAACAGAUUUAGCAUCUCUCACACAGCAAGGAGAGUUCAGUUCUUUCUUUUCUUCUUGCUUGGCAGUACCACAAAGUGCAAUUUAUAAAAUCAGUACUGCAUUCUAAAUAUUGAAAGUGCCAUAUUGCAGUGAAUACAAACCUUUGCAGUAGUAUUUCUUUGCACUUUGUUGCAUGGUGGCGUGCUAGAUGAUAGAAAUGAGUAUUUAUCAAUGCUUUCACACAGUGCUACAAUUGUCAUUUGUAGAUAACCAGUUGUUGGACUACGGGCUUUGAAGUGGCUUUCAAGGCUGUUUUAAGCCUGCUCUUCUUACAACCACACCUACUUCAGAAGAAGAAAUAUUAUUAGGCAGCUUAGCUAAGCCAGGUAGAGAGAUAAAAAUGCAGUUGGCUUUUAAUUUGGGAAAGCAUCUGACCUAACAACAGGAAACAUAUUAAAAGAUGCCAAGGGAUUCAGUGGAGUCAACAUGAAACAGGUACCUGGUAGGCUAUGCCAGCCAUGCUACUCCAGAACAAUAGCAUCUCUACACUUGAAAUGUAAUAAGGUUUCUACAGCAACUAUUUCAUCUCAGCUCCCAAGAGAGUCAUUUUACCCCAGAAAACUGGUGGCGAGUUGUUUUUGUUUUGUGUUCGCUGGGGUGGUUUUUACCCCAGGAGAACUACUUCAGGUUAAACCCAAUUCUAUCCCACAGCAGCAGCAGUGUAGGGAGACACAGCAGCCCGUGCCUCCAGUGCAGCUGUUUCAGGACAUCUCUCUGUGCUUGGAAAGGAGCUGAGGCAAAGACUUGCAGAGAGCUCUGCACAAGACUCUACCAGCAGUACCACAGGUCUGAGGUGUGUUCCCAAACCUGACAGAGAUGGAAUUGUAUCUAACCAUGAGAAAACCAAAUUGUCUGUAUUUUUCAAUUAUAUCUGUUAAAAAUCUGCUGGAAAAGAUAGGUUGUAGAAGUAUAUGUCACCUGUACCAACAGAAAUGUUUUCUAAAUUUUUCCUAAGAAACAUAUUUGUCUGGUCUUGCUUCAGGUGUUUCUUUACUGUUAAAUGUGAAUGGAAGAGGCAACCUUCAAAUAAUCCGCUUUAGGAAGUAGUAGUCUACAUUACAAGUUACAGCUUUUCCAUUUCUCUGUUAUGAAAACAACAACAAAAAAUCCUACAAAACCAAGAGAAUGAAUAUCUGCAGUACCAUAAAACCCAGAACAGUCAUAGAGAAGUAUAGCAGAGAGAAAUGGCUUUAAAAAUGUAUGUCUACACAGGUACAGUUUGAAAACCAGAAUUAUGCAUUUUGAGCAGGACCAGCAGUGGACUUCCAACACUUUCAGGUUUCCUGACACACCAGAGAGAGAUCUGCAUGGAUAGGGAGAAAGACAUCUCUUUUACACCAAACAAUGUGAAUCCAGGCUGUUUCCAUCCAGGCUGUAGAUCUCUUGGAAAGAAAGGCACAUGUUAAAUUUCUGCAGCAGAACUAUCUUCAUGGUCUUCUGCAGGGUGGUUCCUGACAGUGGUUUUGAGCAGGUAACUCUCUGCAAGCACCACUGUGUUAGUUCUACCUGCCACCAUCUGUUAGAAAGAUCUCUCCACGUUUCCUUUGGCUAUGAGAAGCAUUGAAGUGUUUCAGAAGACCACUGUCCCAAAUGGAUGCUGCCAUCCCUGCCCAUUUGCAUUUCAAUUAACUCUGCAGUCUGAGCUGCCUCAUCAAAUGAGAGCUGACAAAGUAACAGUCAUUAUGCUGCUUCCAGUGAGUAUGAAGUGUCAUAAGCUGUGAAAGGCAGGAUUUUUCCAACCCAUCUACACCUCUGAAACAGCAGCCUCAUCCAAUAAAUGUCAAAUCCACAAUAUUUUUUGCUUUCAGUUCAGUCUUUAGAAAGAGCUCUUUUCUCAGAGAUUGCUUCUGUACUUAAAGAGGAACAAAAGCAUAUUUAAUGUCCACAGACUCAUGUGUUGCUCCAGAAGGAGAGAAAAAUACAGAACUGCAACACAAUGCUUUAAUACCAGUCUCUGCCCUCAGCAGUUUUAUUUAAGCCAGCGGAAACAAUCUUGGUCCUGCCCAUCAUUUUGCAAUAUUACACUUUUGAGCCCAGACUUGUGUUUGUCAUACACUAAAACAGUUUCCUGAAGAGUUCAUAAAAUUCAGCGGUAGUUAUCCAAGAGUUGUGGCUGGGGUUGUAGAAAGUACAAGUGUCGGAGAACUGAACAUUUCAGGAAGAAGAGCAGGAGGUGGAUUGCAUGGGGGGUGAGGGGAGGCAGUCAGUCAUAUGCAAGGCAGGCCCAUGGCACUCAAAAGCCACAAAGCUAUCACCUUGUGUGUAAAGUUACUGGAUCUCAAAGGAGUUUUUACAGAACCUGCCCUUAUCCUUUUUUCUUCAUGUAUCUUUGGCUUUCUUCAAAAAUAAAUUUUAAAAGAAAAAAAAAAAAAGAAAAAUUAAAAGGAGCUGCUAUGUUUAAAUUUCUCCUACCACAAAGUCGAUUUGACAAAUAAGGCAUUAGUCCAGCAUAUAGAGAAAUCCUUUCCAUUCCCAUGGGCUUUUGACUUUUCCUAUGAGACUGCACUAUUUAUGUAAAUAUACUUGGAGACACUUUCUAUAAGCUUUUAGUUUUCUAUGAUCUAUUACUUUAGUGUUUAUUAAAGAUAAAAACUUAUAGAACUAUUAAGCAUUCAGGUGAACACAACAAAGAAAAAACAUUGCAAACACAAAAUCGUUCUGGAUUUUGACACAUAAAAAACUUCAGAAUCACUGUACUGUUUUAAUUCUGUGAUUACUUUCAUUGCUUUGAAAAAAUUAAACUUUAAAGAAAGGCCUUAUAAUAAAUGCUAUGUGCAUCUUAACUGUGUUACUGAGCGAAAUCAAUCUGGCAAACUCCUAUUGCGAUUUGUGGUUUUUUUUAAACCCUUUAAAAUAAAUGCUUUUUGGUAUUGAUUUUUUUUAAUUAAAAAUACUUCCAAGCAUAAAUUGAAAAUGAUGCCUGCACCUGGGAAGCUUUACUUGCUGGCACGCUCCAGCCACACAGUCUCUGAUGAUGUCGUCCCCUGGUUCUGCCAAGGGAGCCUCAGCAUUGGAUGGAUCUGUCAUUGCUCAGCAGAGGGCAAUGAGACAUUUGUGGGUGACAAUCUUGUCACCCAAGAGGUUUGCACCUAGAACUUCCCUGUGUUGCAGAGGGACCCAUGCUGGAAUGAUUAUCUCUUCUGCAGCGUGGAUGGGCAAUUUGUUUUUGUCAGAUGGAAAGUGUGCACUCUCUCCCUUAUAUUUCCUGUUCACUGUACUGGCUUCUUUUUUUGGGGUUGGGGAGGGCAGGGGGAGAUGAAAUUUAAGGAUUUGAUGAGAAACCAAUUUGAACAACAAUUUCUCACAGACAGAGUGAAUUUGCCUUUUUGCAAAUUGAUUUUUGUAACAAGUUAUUUAUAUGAUAUUACUUAAUAAAUUGUUUUUUCUAA